CGUGCUCUGUGCAGGCGGCGGCCGGGAAGCCGGAGGCGAAGUGCAGCCUGGACCCCAGGCCAUCAUGGCUGAAGUCACCAUCGACCAGUCCAAGCUGCCGGGAGUCAAGGAAGUGUGCCGAGAUUUUGCUGUCCUGGAGGACCACACCUUGGCCCACAGCCUGCAGGAACAAGAGAUUGAGCAUCAUUUGGCAUCGAAUGUUCAACGGAACCGUUUGGUCCAGCAUGAUCUGCAGGUGGCUAAGCAGCUUCAGGAGGAAGACCUGAAAGCCCAGGCUCAGCUGCAGAAGCGCUAUAAAGACCUUGAACAGCAAGACUGUGAAAUUGCUCAGGAGAUUCAGGAGAAGCUGGCUAUUGAGGCAGAGAGACGACGCAUUCAGGAGAAGAAGGAUGAGGACAUUGCUCGACUCUUGCAAGAAAAGGAGUUACAGGAAGAGAAAAAGCGAAAGAAACACUUUCCAGAGUCUUCUGGAGUCAGUGCUUAUGGUGAUAGUUACUAUUAUGAAGAUGGAGACCAGCCUCGGUCAAGGAGGGCAAGGGAGUUGGGUUCUGGAAGCUCAAGGCCUUGUAGACUCCAACAUGAGGAAAAGACUGUGAAGCACCGGAGGCAGAGGUCCAGACAUCCACAGGAGAACUUGACAGAACCGGAAGAGCACUGUUCGUCAGAGAAACCUCUGUCAUCCUCUAGCUCGGGUCAAGUGAGGGACGAUCCCCAAGUUAACACUGAGCCUGAAAGAAAACGCUGUGGCCACGAGAGGCUCCGGAGACCUCCCCUCCCCAAGAUCAGCGGUGAGGUGCUUCUGAGCACCGAAUCGGAUGACUGGGAGGCUCGCUCUAGCCAUCGAACUCGGAACUGGGAAAAACAGUUCAGACAGCAAGACCAGCUCUCUCCCAAAACCUCACGGAAAGCGGGUCUUCCUUGCAAGGAAGCCGUUUAUAGGAGGGACCAUGGGCAAGGUGAGCACAGAGAGAGGAAACGCAGGCCCCGGACUCCUCCCUUCUCAGAGAGUGAGGAGCAGCUCCAGCUCCACGACACAGGAAUGAAGCCCAGAGUGAUGAAAGAAGCAGUUUCUACUCCAUCACGAGUGACCCACAGAGAUCAGGAAUGGUAUGAUGCUGAAAUUGCCAGAAAACUUCAAGAAGAAGAAAUUUUGGUGAGCAGACCCAAAACAGCUAAAUCAGCACACUCAAAGUCAAAAGAGAGUGAUGAACCUCACCGUUCUAAGAACGACAGACCCGCACGGCCACCACCACCUGCCAUGACAGAUGCUGAGGGUUUGGAUUACACUCCUUCUGGAAACCAGCAUAACUCCACACGUCACUGCUCAAAGUCAGAGUCUUCUCAUAAAGGUUUCCAUUAUAAACCGUAAAAACCUAGGAAUCUGCCUUGAAAAUGGACUCACUGUAGCAAAAUUACUGGAUGAUACAGAACACAUUCCACGCUUAUUUUUUUCUUCCUCUAUUUUGUAUUCCUGAGAUUUAUCCUCAAGUGUUUUUUGAACCAUGAAUAAUUUUCAUUCAUUUAAAAUGUUUUGGUUAUUCCUGAUCACUUGGGCAGUACAAGAAAAUCUAGCUUCUGAAUAUUGGCCAUCUCUAUGGAGCCUAUGCUUCCUGGGGUGUAGUAUCUAAGAGCUCUAUAAAAUGCCAUUUUCAUUAGGUAUGGAGUAUUGAUAUUUAAUGAGUAGGCUUUACUUAGCAGUUAGGAUUUUGUGGAGGUAGUGAUCGAAGUAAAACAUAAUGUUUGGAUGCAAUGCAGAAUAAAAAAAUAUAAGAAAUAGCUUUUUGGUGCAUUAGUGUAUGAUAUAUUAAAAGAUAAGAGACUUUUGCUUUUUUUUUGUUUUCUAUUCAGGGAAAGAAAAAAAUCACAACCAUAAAGUAUUUAAAAAGAAAAAAAAAAAGGAACAGUUGAAAUAUGUAACUGACUAUAAAGACUGUAGAGGUUUUAUGUAUCCUUACACACCCUCCUGGGAAAAUUGGCCUAGAUGUCAUUCAGUAACACCGUCUCUGCCAUUGCCUCCUCAAUAGCAAAAAUUCUGAAGCCUCUGGGCAUUGAACCAUUUUUUAGUACUUAUUGGCAAAAAUUUAAUUCUAAGAAGUUUUAACUCAAGUUUGCAAGAUCAAUUAAAGAUGAAAAAUUUUGUAUCCCUUCUCUUAUUUUACAUUUACGUAUAAAGCCAAGGGAAUUAGAAUUGGAAAGAUGUUUAUAUAAGUAAUGAUGCUGUCAUUUUCUCUGGCUGUAAGAUUGAAUUUUUCCUCCUGCAUAUAAAACAUAACAGCAUUGCUUGGCAACUUCUCAAAAAUACUUUGUGUUAUCUGUCAAUAAGCAGAUUAAUUGGACUUGAAGUUGAUAAAGAAGCUCUUCAUCCAAGUAUUUGGUCCUGCACAUAUGUUAGUGACCCAUGGGCAUUGGAUUCCUUUGUGCCAGACCUUAAACCCCUCUUUAGGAAAUCUGGAAUUUUUGUUAAUCUUCUAGCCUCAUGGAAAUGCUUCUUUUUCCAUACCAGUUAGUUAACAUAAAUAUCAGUCAUGCUGUAUAUUCAGCAUAUUUAUACUUGAGAAAAAAGUUGUUAAUCCAUUCCUUUCUGGCUGGGAACUGCCUUCUGUUUGCCUUAUCUUUUGAAAUAGUCUUUCUAGUUGGGCAAUAUUCACGAAGUUUUUUAGACUAGCUUCUCAGAGGAUUUGGAUUUUUCAUUUUGAGGAAUAGCUUUAGUUUCAUAGUUUUUAGAUUGUAUAAACUUAAGUAAAGGAUACUUAAGAGUUAGGUUUUGAGAAAAUAAUAAUCUAGAAAUAAAACCCUUAAGGUUGUAGUCAUUUUGGAGAAAUAGGGAAAAGGAAAAGAACAGAACUUUGCACGUCCAGGAUGAAAUGACUGAGGAAGAAAAAUCUUCAGUUAAAUAGACAAGAGGAGACCAAAUGGACGUCCUAGCCUUAAAUCAAAUUCCAGAGGAUGUUUUAAAUAUCAAAGGUUAGGCCUUGUUGAUUCUUGGUAAUGCUAUAUUUUUCUUUGUCUGCCCUGUGAUUUUGCUUCAUGUUUUAAAAAGUUUUUUAUGGUAGCUUUAAAGAAAAGAAAAACAAUGUAUUUUUAUUUGUAAAUCAGGCAAAUGGGCAACAUCAUUUGCCAUAUUUUUAUUUUAUAAAUGUUUAUUUUUCUAUCUCAUACAAUGAUCAGUUCUUCUUUUCAAAUUCUCCAUUUAUCCUUUCAUGUACUACUUUAUGCAAUCAUAUUUAUUACUGUAAAAUGCUCACUGGGUGUAUUUUACUCAAAAAAUGUCAGGUCACUUUACACAUAACCAGGAUGUUAGUGUUUCAGCUAUGUUAGUAAGUGACCAAAGGUAGUAUUUCCCUUGUUACACACAAUUCAACAUCUGUAUUAAAAAUUCAUUAUUUUUUUUAA